CUAUUCUCUAUCUAACCAUUCUCUCUUUCCCUCUCUAUCUCUCUCUCUCUCUGUUCGUCUCUUCCCCUCUAAUUCCUUGCUGUUCUUCUUACUGUCGGCUCCCCUCUCGAGUGGAGGUCUAAAUUUCCCUACCAAUUCCAUCGGAUUAGUAGGAGGGGUGCAGCAGUCACAACAGGGUUGUGACACUUUCAAAUUAAUUUUUUGUUGUUCUAGAUAUAUAUUUUUAUUACUAUUUCUUGGUUCCGAUUCUAGUCCUGGUUCACCCAGCAAUGUCAUCCCCAUUCCUUGAAAGGGCUUCCAAAAGGUUACAAUAGUAUGCAAUGGUAACGUUUGUAUGAGAGAACUGGUUGUUGAAUGGAAAGGGGAGUGGAUAAAUAGGGUUGUGUCAUUUGGGUAUGUUGCUGCUGUAAGUCUGGAGUUAAAUGUGGUGAAUAACGAUGGGUUUCCUAUAUAAAAUUUCACAGAUGAGUUAUUGAAAAUUGGUGUUUUACAGCCUGUUGCUUCACUCUCUGAUUUUGGUUCUUACUGUGCUCUAGGAGUUGGAAUUGGAGGUUGUUAGUCUCUAACAUCACUGCCGUUUUUCUGGAGUGGAACUAAUCCUAUUUUGAUUUCUUUGGAGCCAUGAAUAUGAUAUUUUUGCUGUGAUGACAGUUGUGUACAUCUGUGUUUAAUAAACUGGGUGAGGUUGUUGUUUUGGUCACUGUUUUGAAUUCUCUGGUGCCUUGAUCUUCUGAUAUAUAUAUUUUUUUUGGUGAUGACUGUAGUGUUCUUCUGUGUUGAAUAGACUGAGAGGGGUUGUUUUUUGAUGAUCUGUUACUGUGGGCUGUCCUGGUUUUUGCUCUUUUUCAAAUAUUAUUUGACCUUUUAUUUAAAAAAGAAAAUCCCAGCACAAGUGUGAGUUUCUCUGCAAAAGGGGUUUGGACUAGACAGGAGGAUCUCAGGUUUGGCUUAGGAUUGGGUUCACUCCAUUCCUUUGUUUAUACGUUUUCAUUUGGUUUCUGGUUUGGAUUUGUUUCAGACUUGGGGUCUGGCCAUGUUCCUAAUUCCGUGUGCUUCUUUCAGUGGGAUUAGGAUCUUGAAAGGUUGAUGGAAGGCAGCAUACCGUUGAGUAGAAGAAUAGGUAUCUGUGCUCAUUGGCAUGGCUGCUUCUGCAAAAACACACACACGAGAAAAGCCAAGAACAGAAGGAGACUGGACAAUUGUUUUGCCUCGUCGAGGGAAACAGAGAAUGAACUUGCUCAAAACUAGGAUCUCUGAACAAGAACAAUCAUGGGUACCAACGGAACACGAAACCAAUCCUGACAGGGAAUUAAAAUUGAUGCGGAAGAUUCAAGUAUGUAUGAAGAAAGUUGAGAGCUCCAAAUUCUUUUGUACUCUAAUGGAUCAAAUACAGGCUCCUGAAAUCAUGCAUUGCAUUCUUACAGUAUUGGGUUCCGAGUCAAGGAUGCAGGUGGUGAUUUAUGGUCUUGGCAGCAUCGAAUCAUAUGAACCGCCUCAAUUUCAGCAAGCUGUUGCCAUUUUAAUGAGAAAAAGUUUCAGUUGGAUUGGGGACGUGGAAGUGUUUGAUCCAAUUCUUUCUGCUACAGAAUGUCGGGCACUGGAACGGCUUGGUUGUUCUGUUCUGUCAAUCAACGAACGCGGUUGCCGACGAGCUUUGAAGCCAACACUGUUCUUUAUGCCACAUUGUGAGGUAGAAUUAUACGACAAUCUGGUGCAGGCAAAUUGGAAGACGGGUUUGUUGCAUCGAAUCCUGCUGUUUGGGAACAGCUUCAAGGCAUACGAAGAAUAUGGCUCGGUCUUUAAGAACUCCACUCUUGUCGAUUCGGGAAAGCAUGUAUUGGCUGUUGGAAGAUUCACAAAAGAGUUUGGAAUCAACACAGUUUCCAUGACAUGAAUUGGCACUUCUUCAUGGUCGAUGAUGGUGAGAUGGAGGGAGCAGCAGUUCGUGAAAUGACUUCCGAGGAUUCAAAUAGUUGAAUCUUAAUUGUUUCCUGAUUGCAUUUCUCCAUUCAUAGCAAAUUAAAUAUGCUCAUUUUUGUCAUCCAGAAACUGCUUUUGGAUGUCUUCAUUUAGCCAUCAAUAUCAGUAUUAUUACAAGCAAAUAUUUGUGCUCCUACAUGAUUUGCGUUCUAGAUGCCCUGUGUGUAUACGUUUAAG